AUGUGGGAGCAGGCGGACUGGUCUCCAAGAGGAAGAUUAUCCAGUAAGAUAGUGACAUUUGUGGUGUUUGUGUUAGUGCUUGUGCCCCAGGCAGUGUGUGAUGUUCCUGUUGUUCAAUGCACCAUCCAUAACCCUCUUCCAAUUCUUCACAAGUAUUAUCAGACAGGGGACUUCAUCAUAGCUGGCAUUAUUUCUCAGAUCUACAGCUCGUUUAAUCAGUUCAUGUUCAAGAACGAUCCUUCCCAGAGUGUGGCUGAAGAGAACUUCUAUUUCAGUGCAAGCAGGACCUAUCAUGCAUCCAUGGAACUUCUCUCCAUGCUGGGCAGAUUCAUUCCGAACUACAAGUGUGGUGGUGCAACCCACAGCCAUCUGAUUGCUGUCAUUGGGGGACCUAGUGAGAGUGUCUUUCACCACAUGGAACCCAUUCUUGGCACCUACAAGAUCCCACUGAUUACAUACGCUUCUGCUCCAGUUAAGAAUGAACAAACCCAAACUGUUCUUUUCCAUCAGAUGUUUCCAAAUAGAGCCCAUCAAUAUAUGAGGAUUCUGCAAUUACUGCUUCAUUUCAGGUGGACAUGGAUCGUGGUGAUUUAUGCUGAUGAUGACUCCGGAGAGAGUUUUGUUCACGAUGUCCUUCCCAUAAUUUCCCAGAGAGAUGUCUGCAUUGACUCCAUAGAAAAAUUCCCAAAGUUAGCUUUUUCUAAUGAGAUUGAAGAAAUGUUGUCAGAAGGACUGAAAAUAAUCAACAUUGUGAUGACGAGCUCUGCCAAUGUGAUAUUCAUACAUGGCGGAAGUCAUACCAUCAUGAUUAUGAGAACAUUGCUGCACUUCUCGACAUUUGAGGAUAUUCCCAUGAAGACUAAAGUCUGGAUUAUGACAGCCCAGAUGGAGUUCACGUCACUGGCCUUUCAAAGAGAGUGGGACAUACACUUCAUCCAUGGUGCAAUCUCUCUGUCAGUUCCUUUCAGGAAAUCACUAGGGUUCCAAAAAUUUAUUCAGAUGAGAAAUCCUACACUGGAAAAUGAAGAUCACUUCAUCAGGGAAUUUUGGGAAAAUGCAUUUGCCUGUUUUUUCCUCAAAUCCAUGGCAGACAAGAAAGUUGAGCAUAUGUGUACUGGAAAGGAGAAACUGGAUCAUCUUCCCAAGUCCAUUUUUGAAACGAGCAUGACCAGUCACAGCAACAGCGUCUAUAAUGCUGUCUAUGCUGUAGCAUACGCCUUACAUGCCAUGCAUUUGUUAAGAUUCAUGCUCUCAGAAAAGGGGGGGAGAGAGAGACAGAAGCUGCUGAAUCAAAAGUCAUGGCAGCUCCACCGGUUUCUGAGAAGUGUCUCAUUUAAUAACAGUGCUGGAGAAAAGGUCACCUUUAAUCCAGAUGGGGAGUUACUAGCUGGAUUUGAUAUUAUAAACUGGGUCACAUUCCCAAACCAGUCCUUUCUUAGAGUCAAAGUUGGCAAUAUCGACCCUGAAGCUCCCUUAGACAAAGAGCUCACAGUCAAUGAAAUGGCCAUCAUAUGGCCCAACAGGUUCAAUCAGACACUGCCCCUUUCUAUAUGUAAUGAUCCUUGCCUUCUGGGCUAUAGUAGGACAAAGAAAGAAGGGAAGCCAUUUUGCUGCUAUGAUUGUAUUCCAUGUCCAUUAGGGAAGAUUUCAAACCAGAUGGACAUGGAUUACUGUUCUCCAUGCCCAGAAGAUCAUUAUCCGAACAAUGACCAAGAUUCAUGCCUUCCAAAAGUCAUAAGCUUUCUGUCUUAUGAAGAGCCUUUAGGGAUCAGUUUAGCUAUUUUUGCUCUUUCCUUUUCUUUCAUCACAGCUUUGGUGUUGGGAAGUUUUGUGAAGUACCAGGACACCCCCAUUGUCAAAGCCAACAACCGGAGCCUCUCCUACAUUCUCCUUGUCUCUCUCUUCCUGUGCUUCCUUUGUGCUUUGAUCUUUCUUGGGCAACCUGAAAAAGUGACAUGCCUGAUUCGUCAAGCUGCAUUUGGCAUCAUUUUUUCAAUGGCUGUUUCUUGUGUGUUGGCCAAAACCAUCACAGUGAUUCUAGCUUUCAUGGCUACCAAGCCAGGGACCAGGAUGAGGAAAUGGGUGGGGAGAAGACUGGCCAGCUCGAUAGUAAUUUCCUGUUCCCUCACUCAAGCAGCUAUUUGUACUGUGUGGCUUGCAACCUUUCCUCCUUUCCCAGAUUUUGAUAUGCACUCAGUAACUAGAGAAAUUGUUGUGGAAUGUAAUGAAGGGUCAGUAAUCAUGUUUUACUGUGUCCUGGGCUUUAUGGGGUUCCUGGCUUUUGUGAGCUUCACUGUGGCUUUCCUAGCCAGGAAGUUACCAGAUUGUUUCCAUGAAACCAAAUCCAUCACCUUUAGCAUGUUGGUCUUCUGCAGUGUGUGGAUGACCUUUGUUCCAACCUACUUGAGCACCAAGGGGAAGUACAUGGUGGCUGUGGAAGUCUUCUCCAUUUUGGCCUCUAGUGCUGGCUUACUGGGGUGUAUCUUUUUCCCCAAAUGCUACAUCAUUGUGCUGAGACAUGAUCUGAACAAGAGAGAGCAACUAAUAAACAGAAGAAAGUAA